AAACAAGCACUACUCCACCAUGCCUUUUCAACUCUCUUCCUACUCUAGCUCCGUCCACCAAGAAAGAAAUAUGCAUAAGGGAUUGGUUAUGUAUCCGAUGAUGGGUACACUCCAAUUACGGGUGAGUGGAUUCCAUGCUCUGCUUGUCAAGUGAGCAGUUUUUUGCGGAUUAACCUUUGUUUCGUUGUCUGUUCGACCUUGAACGUAUCGUUUUUAGAGAUGCUAAAUAUGAUAUACAAAACCCUAGUCUCAAUUGCAUUAGGAUUAAUUAAAUGAACUGAAAUCACUUUUGCAUCUAUCUUUAGAGCUAAUCCCAUACUUUUGCUUUGCCCUCUUCCGUUUCUUUCCAAAACCAUCUACUUCUUCAAUAUUUUAAUAAAAAAGAAUCAGAAUCGCGAGACUUUGAAUUAAUAAUAUACUCCAUUGAUUCCACAAGAAAAGACACAUAUGCAUGCAUAUGCCAUAUGGGUAUACAUUAAUUUCCAGUGUAAAUUGGCAUGGUAGGUAUAUAUAAAUUAACGUUGGAAACAUUACGGAAAAAUUUGUGGUUUCCAUUAGGGAAGUAAAUAGUUCAUUUCUGACUUUUGGGUGCAUUGGAAGUCGUGAGAAAAGGAAAUAAGACUAGGAUCUAGAGCUAGCUAUACAUAAUAACAGACCCAAGAUAGCCAAUAACAUCCAAAAAAUAUAGUUGUUGGGUAAACUUAUAAAUUUACUUUUAAUUGAUUUUAGAUUAGAUAUCCACGUAGUAUGAUAAUAUAACCAAGUUUCCCAUUGACAGGGUAUACACAAAGCCCAACGAGGCUGGGUGCAUUGAUCUCAAUUAAAGUUACUAGUUUGGAAUUUCUUUACCACUAAAGCAUUGAUAUCAACUAGCUAGGUGCAUAUAGAAAUUAAAUUCCUAAUUCUUAGUGUCUAAAAAAACUUGGUGAUGAAUAGAUUUUGAUCCAUCCCUAGGGACAAUACCUAACCUAAUUAAUACUAAGUGGCACUAGUAAUUAUUUAAGUUUAAUUGGGGGGAAAAAAUUAGAAUAUAAGAGAUAGAAAUGUUAGAUGUGCAAAGUUUUUCAUUUUUGUUCGUACUCCAUAUAUAUUUAUUAUUUAGCAUCGAGUUGAACAAGAAGAAGAAACUAUUUGGCAUAGUGUCUUCCCAGUUAAAAAAGAAAAGAAAAGAAAAGAAAAGAAUAAUGAAGGUACCUACAUAACUUUUAUUUUAUAAAACCCAAUUGGGAAAAAAUAAAAAUAUGCAUAAGGACAGGGUAGAUAUGUAAGAUAUUCCAUAAUGGUACACUUGGAUAUGGUAAUUUGGUAAGCAUGUUGUAAACAAAAAUACGUUUUUCUUUUGGCCAAAGUGAAAAUACUUUGACCAGGGAGUUGAUAAUUUGGGAGGGUAGUUGUUUUUGUUUUGUUUUUUUCAUAUUCUGAACAUAGGACGGGAGGGUAGUUGUUCAAUAAUUUUUUUUAAUAAGUAUAAAUUUUAAAAAAUAAAAAAAAAUUUAAAUUAAUAUUAUAUUAAUAAAAGUAAAUCUUUAAAAUUGAUUACAAAUUAAUCAGCCCGCAAGGUCAGGGGCGGGUGGCUGUUCAAACUUCGACCCAAAGUCAGAUGGAGUACUGCCUAAGGAAGUGCAAUCACUGGCCCGUAGAAUUAAGCAUGAUAUUGGGAAGUGCAAUGAUUGUAUUUUUUUUAUUAUUUCCUUGAGUAUUUUAUUUUAUUAUUUGGAUUAUAUUAUGUUAUAAAAUAUUAAUUAUUAA